GCACUCGCGGCGUCCGCGCUAGUCCUCUUUAAAUGAACACGAGACUGCCUAAUCGUCCGCCGCGAGCGCACCGCCGAAAUCUCGCAGCCGAGAUGCGGGGACACGCGGCGCAGUAGCUCGCGCGCCCUCUCCAUACAUGGAUUUGCGUCUGCACGAGCUCGCCAUUUAAUGAGCAAAGACCCUGACCGAUGGUGAGACCGUCUGACAGAAUGCCCGUGGACAACACCCAGCGGAGUUACUCCAUUAUCCCUUGCUUCAUCUUUGUGGAGCUGGUCAUCAUGGCCGGGACAGUGCUGCUGGCCUACUACCUGGAAUGCACGGACACCUUCUCCGUCCACAUCCAGGGCUUCUUCUGCAACGACGCCGACCUGAUGAAGCCCUACCCAGGCCUGGAGGAGGACAGCUUCGUGCCUCCUCUCAUCCUUUACUGUGUGGUGGCUGCGGUGCCCACUGCGAUUAUCUUCAUCGGGGAGAUCUCCAUGUACAUGGUGAGGUCCACACGGGAGGCCCUCGUUGCCCAAGAGAAGACUAUUGUCACUGGGGAGUGCUGCUACCUGAACCCUCUCAUCCGCAGGCUCAUCAGGUUCAUCGGCAUCUUUGCCUUCGGCCUGUUUGCCACAGACAUCUUCGCCAAUGUUGGCCAGAUCGUGACGGGCAACUUGUCGCCAUACUUCCUGAACGUCUGCAAGCCCAACUACACGGGGACGGAGUGCCGCUACAGCCACCAGUUUGUCGCCAAUGGCAACAUCUGCACUGGGGACCAAGUGGUAGUGGAGCGUGCCAGGAGGUCCUUCCCAUCCAAGGAUGCCUCGCUCAGCGUGUACUCAGCCGUCUACGUGACUAUGUACAUCACCAGCACCAUAAAGACCAAGAGCAGCCGGCUGGCCAAGCCUGUCCUUUGCCUUGGUACCCUGUGCGCUGCCUUCCUCACGGGUCUCAACCGGGUCUCUGAGUACCGAAACCACUGCUCAGAUGUCAUCGCCGGCUUCAUCCUAGGAAGCUCCAUCGCCCUCUUUUUGGGUAUUUGCGUGGUCCACAACUUUAAGGGCGUCCAUGCGGCACCUGCCAAGCAGAAAGCGGAGGAGUACCGUGGUUUGCCCCUCAUGACCUUUCCGCGGGUCGAGAGCCCCCUGGAAACAUUGAGUGCGCAGAACCAUUCGGCGUCCAUGACGGAAGUCACAUGACUAAGGGGACAGCAUCGGGUCACCUUUGCAUCACCGCAGCACCUCUAGACAGGAAGGUUUUGUACUGUGUCAUAUGUUCAAAAAGAACAGUAUUAUGUUGUACCUAAGUAGAAGGCAAUGUUUUUUUGUACAUUUUGUAUAAGAAAGUGCUGUAGCUUACCCCAACUGUCAGCUUUGAAUUAUUACAUGGUCAGGACUUAUGCAUUCCUUCUCAUGUUUUACAUUAUAAAGUAAAUAUAUAUAUAUAUGAAAAAGUUAUUGAAAUAUUGAUGUUGUUAUGUGGUAUUUGUACGAGCAACUCUUUUUAUUCUCGUUUCUGUAAAUCUUUGACAGUUUUGUAUGUUGGCCCCCACCCCCUUGGUUAUCUCUGUACAA